AUGCCAGAGGAAAUUCAAACAAGCUUACUGUAUACCAAUUCUUAUAACCGCGAGAACAUGGUUGGAAAGUGCAUGGGGAUGAGCUUCACACUUCAUGACUAUUUUCUGUCGCAAACUACUGUUUCAAAUGAAACCAAGUUUUUGAAGUUGGAGCAGUUGGAUCAAGAACCUAGUUUUCCUCCAGAUACAGCUGGGGUUUCUCUUGAUGGUACUGGCCAAGUUGGUACAUAUUUUUACACUGCUCCUGAAAUUGAGCAAGGAUGGCCGAAGAUUGAUGAAAAGGCUGAUAUGUACAGCUUGGGAGUUGUAUUCUUCGAGCUAUGGCACCCAUUUGGGACGGCAAUGGAACGAAACCAUGUCCUAUCUGAUUUGAAACUGAAGGGUGAACUUCCUCCUGCUUGGGUUGCUGAAUUUCCUGAACAGGCAUCUUUGUUGCGACGCUUAAUGUCUCCAAGUCCAUCAGAUCGUCCUUCUGCCACAGAACUUCUAAAGCAUGCAUUUCCACCACGAAUGGAGUCCGAGUUAUUAGACACGCCUGAAGAAUUGAUCAAAGCCAUAAGCCUUUGCAUGAUAACAGAGGAUCUAGAGACUACAUGUUGCUUCGUUAUUCCCAUGGAGGAUAUUUUACGAACAAUGCAAACUUCAGAGGACAGAAGUGUAUAUGAUAAAGUUCUGAAUGCCAUCUUCGAUGAGGAGAUGUUAAGCAUGAAAGAUCAGCAACAUCAUGAUGGAAGAUUGGGAUCUGUAAGCGAUAUUUCUGCUAUUCAGUACGCAGAUUUACACACUGAGGCUCGUGAUUAUGUUGUUGACAGCACAAGGGAGGUGUUCAGACAGCAUUGUGCGAAACACCUCGAAGUAAUAACCAUGCGUUUGCUAGAUGACUGCCAACAGUUCAAUAGGUUCCUCUCUUGA